CCACCGUCAGGAGCUUCGACAGCGAGAAGGACCUGCUGCAGUCGUUUGCAGAGUUUGUUCGCAUCGUGGACCCCGACAUCGUGACGGGCUACAACAUCCACAACUUCGACCUGCCCUACCUGAUCCAGAGAGCUCAGGUGCUGCAGGUGUCGUCGUUCCCGUACCUGGGCCGGGUCAGGGGGUCCCCGCAGGUGGUGUCCCCAAGCCCCAGGGAGGGCAAGGUGGUGACCACACCUGGCAGGGUCACCGUGGACAUGCUGCAGGUGCUGCUGAGGGAGCACAAGCUGCGCUCGUACUCCCUGAACGCCGUCAGCGCCCAUUUCCUGCACGAGCAGAAGGAGGACGUGCCCCAUGGCAUCAUCACCGAGCUGCAGAAUGGUGACGCGCAGACGCGGCGCCGCCUGGCCCUGUACUGCCUGAAGGACGCCGUGUCCCCAGUGGUGUCCCCAAUGAACGGUGACGCGCAGACGCGGCGCCGGCUGGCCCUGUACUGCCUGAAGGCCCUGUACUACAUUUUGGGAUGUUUUUUGCCCACCCAGGCCAUGCAGGAGGAUUUGCUGCUGCCGGUGGUGAAGUCGGAGGGAGGAGAAGAUUUUGAGGGGGCCACGGUGAUUGAGCCCCUCAAAGGGUACUACGAUGUCCCCAUCGCCACCCUGGAUUUCUCCUCUCUGUACCCAUCGAUCAUGAUCGCCCACAACCUGUGCUACACCACGCUGCUGCCCCCCGGGGGACCCCAAAAACACGGGCUGGGCCCCGAGGAUUUCAUCCGCACCCCCACCGGGCAGCUCUUUGUGACCCCCCGGGUGCGCAGGGGGGUCCUGCCCAGGGUCCUGGAGGGGCUGCUGGCUGCCAGGAGCAGGGUGAAGGCGGCGCUGGCCGAGGAGCAGGACCCCGAGCGGCGCCAGGUGCUGGACGGGCGGCAGCUCGCGCUCAAGGUGAGCGCCAACAGCGUCUACGGCUUCACCGGGGCGCAGGCCGGGCGCCUGCCCUGCCUCGAGAUAUCGCAGAGCGUCACCGGCUUCGGGCGGCAGAUGAUCGAGAGAACCAAACAGCUGGUGGAGAGCCAGUACCCCGAUGUGCAGGUGGUGUACGGGGACACGGACUCGGUGAUGUGCCGCCUGGCCGUGCCCUCGGUGCCCGAGGCUGCCGCUCUGGGCCGCGCCGGGGCCACCUGGGUGUCCGGGCACUUCCCCAGCCCCAUCCGCCUCGAGUUCGAGAAGGUGUACCUGCCCUACCUGCUGAUCAGCAAGAAGCGCUACGCCGGCCUCUGCUUCCCGGGGGGCUCCGGGGGCGCCCCCAAGCUGGACUGCAAGGGGCUGGAGGCCGUCAGGAGGGACAACUGUCCCCUGGCCGCCAACCUGGUCACGGCCUGCCUCAGGAGGAUCCUGCUGCACAGGGACCCGCAGGGCGCCGUGGCCCACGCGCAGGAGGUGAUCUCAGACCUGCUCUGCAACCGCAUCGACAUCUCCCAGCUCGUCAUCACCAAGGAGCUGACCCGGGCAGCCAGCGCCUACAGCGCCCCCCAGGCACACGUGGCCCUGGCUGAGAGGCUGCGGCGCCGGGACCCCGGCAGCGCCCCCGGCCUGGGGGACCGGGUGCCGUACGUCAUCGUCACCGGGGCGUGGGGCCAGGCCGCCUACACCCGCUCCGAGGUCAGACCGGUGUUUGCGCUGGAGCAGAACCUGCCCAUCGACACACGCUACUACCUGGAGCAGCAGCUCAGCCGGCCCCUGCUGCGCAUCUUCGAGCCCAUCCUGGGCGAGGGCCGCGCCCAGGCCGUGCUGCUGCAGGGGGAGCACACGCGCUGCAAGACGCUGCUGACGGCGCGCUCGGGGGCGCGCUCGGCCUUCACCUCCAAGCGCAGCAGCUGCGUCGGCUGCCGGGCCCUGCUGCCCCACCACGGUGCAGUUUGCGAUUUCUGCCGCCAGAGGGAGUCCGAGCUCUACCAGAAAGAGGUGUGUCACCUGUCGCAGCUGGAGCGCAGCUUCGCGCGGCUCUGGAGCCAAUGCCAGCGCUGCCAGGGCUCCCUGCUGCAGGACGUGCUGUGCACCAGCCGGGACUGCCCCAUUUUCUCCAUGCGCCGCAAGGUGCAGAAGGAGCUGG